AUGGCUCCCAUUUCUCCCGGAGUUCAAACCACUCCACUUCGCAAACCGAAGAAGGUGCCACCAACUGCGACUAAGAAGCUUCACCGAUACGAGUCCUUCACUAAACGGGUCUCUAGACUCAAGAUAGACCCAGUUCAUGCCCUCGAUAAAAGACACAAUGAAGAGGCUGAUACAAAUCUGGCACACAGUUUCUUCCGCGUAUCCCUUGAAGAAUGGAGCGAGUUGAACCUGUCGCAGACAUUUACAACGUUCCUCAACAGGGUCAAUCCUUUAUGCGAAAAUUUACCCCAAUUGCUCCAUCAUUCAGAUACAAUCUUUGACUUGCUUCUGCAAGCAAUUGACAAACAAGAUGCGUUGGCGCUUGAGCCCCUCCUCAGUCUUCUGGCACAUCUCGCACACGACCUUGGCCACAGAUUCGAAGCAUGCUUUUCCAGGACCGUUCACGUUGUCUCGAAAGUGGCAGCCGCACAUGAAAAGGCGGAAGUUGUGGAAUGGUGCUUCACAUGCCUUGCUUGGAUGUUUAAAUACCUCUCCCGACUACUGGUUCAAGACCUAAGGCCGCUUCUCGAUAUUAUGGUUCCCCACCUGUCCAACAAGAAAGACUAUAUCGUCCGAUUUAGUGCCGAGGCAUUAGCAUUCUUGCUAAGAAAGGCUGCCUUACUCUACACUAAGAGAAAAGCGCCUCUUGUCCUUGCGACGAACCAUCUUUUCGAACAGUUGACUACCCAUGUUCCAGAGGAAUCGCAAAACUCAUUCCAAGUCGGUAUCAUGAGUCUAUAUGUUGAAAGCUCUCGAGGCCUAGAAGGUCAACUUCACACAAGCGCGCCCAACCUUGUUAGAUGCCUUCUUGAUACUGCUACGGCCUUUAUCGACCAGGAGCUCAUAGGAUCAACCGUGACGGGGAUAUUGAUAGCUCUGAUACAUGAAACUGACAGCGAGACGUUUCAGCCGGUCUUGGAGAUUGUCCUGGAAACUUGUCAACGACUUACUUCAACUCAUGAGCCUCAAAAAACCCAAAGGGCGCUUGAAUUGCUGCACACCGUUAUUGGUACUAGAAAGGGGACUAGAAUUUCUCCCUGGGGAGCCACAAUUCAGACGGUCUUUGAAGUGAUCGGUCGCUCAGAUCGGGGAGAUUGGGACGCCAUUCCCUUUCGACAAACAUGUAUCGGAGUCGUUGCGGGGGUCUUUCAGUAUGCACCAAUGGACCAACUUCUACCCUAUUCGGAACGAUUGUCAGGCUGGCUAGGCGGGAACUUAUCAAAUCGAGAUUUUCUCUCCUUCUGCACUGUCUGUGCCAGGUUAGGAAAGGAGCGCUUUGUGGACCUAGUGUUUCCUCGCUUUCAGCAAUUCGUUGUAAACCAUUGGGCAGAUGACACAAUGAGUCUUUAUUACACACUUGAGAACUUCCGGGACGAUGAUGUAACGUCUAAGAGAUCCGGAUCAAAAGAUUGUAUAUCAUGUCCACCGGAAUUGGAAGCCUUCAGCCUGCAGCAACUUGCAGCCUUGUCCACAAAGCCAUCCUUGUCGAUCGAAGAAAUUGCUGGACAAAUCCAUUUAUCCAAGACCACACGAUUUGCACGAGAUCCCAAACACGCAAGUAAGUUUCAAGCUAUAAUCCAUGGUCUUGUUGAAAACUCUCUGAGAGAGAGUAGUAACGACCUGGAUUUGCGAAGACGUGUACUGCUUAGCUGGGGCUUCGAGGCUUAUCUCGAAUUUCCAGCCAAGAAUCCACAAGAAGACCAAUCAUUGAUUUCGCUUGCACUUGGAGCGCCAUCAAUAAACUAUCGCCUGCCGUCGUUCUUGUCCGCGGUCAAUGGACUACUUGAACGAAGCACAGCGCUGGAGAAACUUGGAAAUAUGGAUCUGGAAAAUGUGUGUCAUUGUCUGGUCCAGAAUUUACUUAACGCGUCAGUUGGCCUCAAGACUGAGUCUUUGAAGUUACUUUCUAGCCUUGCGCCAGGAAAUGUGAACAUUGCCCUCUCUGAAACAAUCGAGCUGAUGCUCGAAAUCCUCGAAACGCCCUACACUCCCGCCGAGGUAAGGAAAUUAGCCAUGCUGCUUAGGAGACUGCCACAGAGACAUACCAGUUUAGCCGCCAAUGCAGAUCUGCAGGAUAUGGUGCCACUCUUUUGCCUUGGUUUACUAUCACAAUUUCAUGAUACGACGAGAAAGGAUAUCUGCACAAUUCUCGCACAAAUCGCUGAGGAUCCGGCGGUGGAAAAUUCAGUACUGAGCAUCGCAAUACAAUGGCUGCAAACUCCAUUAUCAAGCGUGGAUCUUAAGCAGCGAUCUGAGCCUGAAACAAUCAGAUCAAAAUCGUCUUCUUUUGAAUGCACCAGCCUGUCCUCCGUCCAAGAAAUUUGCGUCGAGGUCGUGAAUGGAUACUUGAACGCCACUUCAAGUUUUCGCCACCUCAUCGAAAAUACUCAUGAGCUCGAAAUAUCCAGAGCACCAUCAGGCUGUCGAGCGCUAGCUCUUCAAGUACUGUCUUCGAUACCAGCUUCUGUCGAGCGGCGCUCGCGUCUGAUUGUUCCUAUUUUCCUUUCUGCACCAAUGAACCGCGCACAGCUCUCUCCCAGCACCCACUCAGAUACAUCAAUAUCGUCCCAUACCCUGACUUCUGACAUUGAUGAUCACGAAUGGACAUUAUCUGAUCGAAAGACUUUCCUCUUGAUGUUCAGCAAAUUCAACAAUCCCCGUGCGCUUUUUAGGACCCAAGAAGUCUAUGAGAAGCUUCUUGUCCUGUUAGGCAACGGCAAUCUGGAGAUCAGAAAGCUUGCAUUGCAAUCUAUACUCAAAUGGAAGGAUCCACAAGUCAAGGCUUACGAAGAAACACUUUUAUCUGUUCUUGAGGAGAAGAAGACGAACAGUGAUCUUGCUCGACUUCUUAGCACAGAUGAAGAACAUGGGGUCAAGAGCGCUGACAGAAGCACCAUCCUCCCGAUCCUCCUAAGACUCAUUUUUGGUCUAAUUGUUGGUCGUUCCGGAACAGCUGGGUCGCAGGAGGCUAGGAGAAAGGCAAUCUUGAGGAGUCUUUUUCGUAUGGAUGAUGCAGAGAUUACAAUGUUCCUUAACAUUGCCCUUGGGAGACUGAGAGAGGUUCGCAUCGCACAACCGAAAUCAGCAGACCGAAUUUUCAAUCAGUUUGCAGUCCCUGAGGACCAACAGUACGGUUUUCUUCGCCUACUUCUUUCAGUCCUAGAAACCCUUCAAAGCCAGUUUUCCCCAUACGGCCAGCAAGUCGUUGAGGCAGUGGUCUUUUGCAUUUUCGAGUCUUCUCUUCGCCAACAGGCGAGCACCGAUUUGUCAAAGCAUAUAUCAUCAUUGUCCCGGAACAUUCGACGCGUUGGUCUGCAGUGUUUGGUCCUCCUCGUAGACCACUGCCCAGAUAUUGACUGGGCUGUCUAUCUUCCUUCUAUCUUCGCCAAUGCCAUAAGUCCUCGUCUAGACAGUUUCGCGUCAGAAACCAGUCAAGGCAUAUCAGGGUUCAUGCGUCUAUUUGCAACCUGGGUUCAUUCACACAAGCUCAUCCGUCACCUGCGUGAUCAAGAUGCGCGGCUUCCCGGAGUUUUAUGGCAAUGCCUAAUUACUGGAUCAGCACAACUCGAGGUGAGAGUGUUCAUUCUCCAGGAGAUCGUUCUCCCCUGGUUGUCUCUUGCUGAAGACACAGAUGUGGCUCCCAACAUUGCCAGGAAAUACUUGGAUUUCGAAUCAGAUGGCCUCCUGGCAGCUUUAAUCGUCAAUCUCGAGCAGACACCGCCAAGAGACAUUCUGGCUGCUAUCACUUCAAUCCUCCCACGUCUCGCAACGUUUACAUCAUCGGCUGAGUCCAAGAAAAAGAUGAUCCAGCUGCUGAGGAACUUGUUGGACCGGUCUGAGUACAAGCUCACUCCAGACAUCAAAAGCAAACUGGUAAUCUCCAUUCAAGGUUUUCUCCAGUCUGAGGGCAUGGAAAUUGAUGAACAAUCCCGCACAUCACUGUGGGAAUUGAUUUCAUCACUGUUUAAUUUCUUCAAAGAUCAAACUAACCGCCUGGUUUUAUGCCGGGUAUUGGAAUUGCUUGCUCACAACCAGGAAGAGAGCUUGCAAGCAUCUCGGUAUUGUCUGGAUUUAAACGCCGCAUCAGCAGAUCGUCUAGAUGAGCCUGACUAUGAGAAGCGGCUUUCAGCUUUCGAAGCCAUAAACUCAUUGCCAACAAGGGACAAUAGCGCACCAUUAUGGCUGCCCAUCGUAUACAAUCUACUAUUUUUCGUCCGGACCGUCGAAGAUUUUGCCAUUCGCUCAAAUUCCUUAGCUGCCCUGAAGCAAUUCAUCAUCCGAGCUGCCGCCUCGGACAGUGAGAGCUUGAAGAACUUGCUUACCAAGGUGGUUCUGCCUUCUGCAAUAAAAGGGUCACGAGACCCAUCCGAGCUUAUGAGAGCAGAUUUUGUUACUAUCUAUGGACUCCUCGUGCAGCAUCUUCGCGAUGAUGAAGACCUCGCAGAUAUGGUGGUACUUCUUGUUGGGGAUGACGAUGAAGCCUCAUUCUUUUCAAACAUUCUCCACAUCCAGCAACACCGGCGUCUUCGAGCCAUUCGACGUAUGACAGUUGAGGUUGAAAAGGGUGGAAUCAAACCCUCCCAUAUUGCAGAAUUCUUUAUUCCUCUCCUCGAAAUGUUUGCCUACGACUCCAGUGGUGAUGAAUCUGCUCAAGGCACCAAGGGCCAAAGUAUUGCUGCAAUGAGCGUCUUGCUUCAAUGGGUCGACUGGAAGAAUUUCAAGGUGCUCUUUCGCAAAUACAAGAAUGAUAUCAGCAACCCUCAUGGUCAGAAAGAUACAGUCAAACUUCUUGGCCAUGCGGCAGACGCACUUUUGAGUGCCUGCAAACAAACCACCUCGGAAAAAGCGACACAUCUUGCAAAAACAAUUCCUCCUAAAUCGGCUUUAGAGAAUGAGAUCAAAAAGCAAUUUAUCCCAAGGCUUACAGAAUUGGUACAUUAUAAAGACGAGACCGAGAUCAGCUUCCGCAUUCCAGUUGCAGUGACAAGUAUCAAAUUGAUCAAGAUGCUUCCGGCUGACGAGAUUGCUCCCGCAGCAGGCCCGACCAUCCUUGAUAUAGCUAAUAUCCUCAGGAGUCGGGUUCAAGAGUCACGCGAUGUGGCACGCAAUACUCUAGCGCAGAUUGUCGUUCUUCUUGGCCCCACUAGCCUUCAAUUUGUUGUCAAGGAGCUGCGCAAUGCAUUGACUCGAGGAUAUCAACUACACGUAUUGUCAUACACUGUACACAGCAUCCUGAUUUCUCUAGCACCCACUGUCAAAUCAGGAGAACUAGACUACUGCGUUGCAGAUCUGGUCGCAGUUGCAAUAGACGAUAUUUUCGGUUCAGUUGGGCAGGAGAAAGACAAUCAAGAUUACAUUAGCAGCAUGAAGGAGGUCAAGAGCAAUAAAAGCUUCGACACCAUGGAACUAGUUGCCAAUUCCACGAGUGUGUCAACGCUUGUGAAGCUUGUUUCUCCUGUUCAAACCAUUCUCUCCGGUACUUUGACGACGAAACAGGUGAGACAGGUUGACGAAUGGCUCCGAAGAAUAGGUUCUGGUAUAUCGCAGAAUCCAGCAGCCAGUCGGCGAGAUCUUUUGGUUUUCGCUUAUCAGCUAAUUGAAGCAUUCUACAAGCAGAAGGGCGAGAUACAACAUGUCCACCCUAGACAACAUGAGAAAAAUCGCCAGAGAUACCUUGUCCAACUCUCCUCAGGACAUAAAACGACAACAGGUCUGACCUCGCCCCUUUUGUACAAGCUCGCUCGUUUCGCUUUAGAUCUAGUGAGGUCUACUUUGCAGAAACAUGACGAUCUUCUGAAAGCGGAGAACAUUCAUGGGUUUCUCCCAAUCAUUGGAGAUACUUUAAUCGAGGCCCAAGAAGACGUAAAGAUCUCCGCCAUGCGUUUACUAUCUGCAAUUGUCAGGCUUCCUAUGCCAGAACUGGAGCAGAAUGCGGCCUUGUAUGUUAUGGAAGCCGUUAGGAUCGUUCAGAGUUCAACUAGCACAAAUGAAGAAGGGGCACAAGCUGCUUUGAAACUUAUUGCCGCGAUCCUCCGAGAGCGUAAGAAUGUCAAAGUGCGAGAGUUAGACGUUGCAGAGCUGUUGCAUCGUAUUGCCCCUGAUAUCGAGGAGCCGGAUAGACAGGGCGUGACAUUCAAUUUCAUUCGAGCGGUGAUGGCGCGCAAAAUUCAAGUCCCUGAGAUCUAUGAGCUGGUCGACAAGAUCGGCAUCAUGAUGAUCACAAACCACGCUCGUGGAGCACGCGACGUCGCACGUGGAGUCUACGUCCACUUCAUCCUGGAAUACCCGCAAAGCUCGUCUAGGUGGGCGAAGCAGCAAAAGUUUCUUCUGAAGAAUCUUGAGUAUGAAUAUCCUGAAGGAAGGCAUUCUGUCAUGGAAGCCAUCAAUACACUAGUACAAAAGCUCAAGGGCGACGUGUCUGAAGAGCUUACAUCAAGUCUUUUCAUGCCAGUCUUGCUUCGUGUGGCCAACGACGAGAAUCAAACGUGUAGAGAGUUAGCCGAGGUUCUACUGGGCCAACUUUUCAAGAGUGCCAACCGCGGUCAGCUCAAGGAAUUUCUGGAACCGAUGCAGUCCUGGCUUCAGCAACGACAGAACUUGGAACUCCAGAAGAUCAGUUUACAGGCAUACAGCAUCUUAUUGACAUCUGGGGCAGUAGUUGCAGAUGCCAACGUAGCCAGCCUCCAGAACUCACUUUCAAAGAUACUGGUCUCGAUGGCAAAGAAUGAUCCCGAGGAGUGGGAAACCCUGUUCCAGGCACUGGUGGUACUAUCCAAACUCGUGGAAAUUCACCCUGGUCUCGCAUUCAGCCAGAAACAUUCAAAGUUAUUCUCAACGGUCUGGCGGUUCUUGGACCACCCUAACGGAUGGAUACAAAGCACUAUCGCUAGCCUUCUUGACGGCUUUUUCAAGGACUGUAGGCCAACGUCAACCUCCAAGAUCCAACUGACAUGCUCUCAUGGUCUGCAGAUGGGGGUGGAAGACGUUCUAGGGGUUGUGAAAUCAAGUGUUCGCAUUUUGAGACGUCUCGACUGCAAUGCGGAGUGUAGUGCGCAGCUCAUCCAAAACCUCCUCUUCCUUGCGCAGAUAAUUGAUGGGGGCAGAAUUUCGAUGGAGGUUGCCGUCAAGAAAUCCGUAGAUGGGACCACACUUGAGGACGACGCGGACAGUGGGAAUGAAGGCUCGAACGAAACGAUGCAAAUCUCAGGAGUGCAGUAUAUCCUUGACCAAAUGGCACGAGUCUUGCGCUUGGAGCUCCGCUUCCCAAAGACUAGUGCAUUGCUUCCCAAGAUCUCAGCCGUGCAACUCCUUGCAGCCAUGAUUCCGAGCAUUGCUAUGGAGCAUCUGAACAAUGGAACAGUCCAGGCUAUUCUCCUACCACUCCAACAUAUUACUGACACAAAUACCAUUGCGCCACGCUCGGCAGAUCCCACUUUUGCAGGAACGUACCAGAACUUGGUGGAGCAAGCACAUGAGGUUAUGGAUGUGGUGCGACGCCGGAUUGGAGACAGUCAAUACGUGAAGGCUCUGACUGAAGUGAGCAAGAUUGUGCGUCACCGCAGAGAGGAGAGGAGAACAAAACGCAGAAUCGAACGUGUGGCCGAACCAGAACGGGCUGCGAGGGAGAAAAGGAGGAAAGCGGAUAGGAAGAAAGAGCGGAAACGAGAGAUCGGACGAUCUCAUCAGAAGCGCCGCAUGGAGGGUGGCUUGUAA